GGAAAAUCCAACGGCUCUUUUAAGAGCCACCCACAUUUUUGCGCAAAGAUCAAAUUUCUAGAUGGAAAAAAUACGUUUUUCUAAUGCAGUAAAUUCAUGAUAGUGUUUGCUUUAUGUGAUUUCUGAAAUAAUUAGAAAUAAUUUUGCACUGUAUUAUUCUCGCGAUUCUACAAAAAGAAAAAUUCCACAACAGUGUUUUCACAACUUUCAAAAAGGGAAAAAAAAAAGAGAGCGAUUGAUAACGGCAGUCAGAAGAGAGAAAGAUGUCAUUUUUACUCUCACUCCCAUAGCUGCUGUAUAAGUAUAGUGUUAUAAAUGUACAUAGGUUUUAAAAAAAAUAAAAAUAUAAAAAACUUUGCAGGAUUUACGAUAUUGAUGACCGUUAAAACGCGUCAUCACAGUUUGUGAAAAGGGUCUAUUAUUCACAAUAUUUUACUUGUUCAUUUCUAAAAAUACGCGAAAAAGAAGUAAAGGAACGGAGUUGGAUGUGGGGGAUGGUAGUUGUCGAUGGGUGUAAUUAACAUUUUAAAGCUUCUGAUUGGCUCGCCUACAAGGCAAGGAACGUUUAAUGUGACCAAUGAAACCGUUCUGUGGGUUGGGCCACAAAGACUCACAAUCACAGAAGGCCGUUCUUCCCUUUUGAAAUUAGCAUAGGGCAGUGCAUAAUAACCCGCCUCUAGUACUGCCUUUUUAUUGUUCUUGAACGUUUUUGAACGUAGCAUCAUGCCUGAACCAGCGAAAUCCGCCCCGAAGAAGGGAUCGAAGAAGGCCGUCACUAAAACCGCCGGCAAGGGUGGAAAGAAGCGCAAGAGAUCCAGGAAGGAGAGUUAUGCUAUCUACGUGUACAAAGUCCUGAAGCAGGUUCAUCCCGACACCGGAAUCUCCUCCAAGGCGAUGGGAAUCAUGAACUCUUUCGUCAACGACAUCUUCGAGCGCAUCGCCGGUGAAGCGUCUCGUCUCGCUCACUACAACAAGCGCUCCACCAUCACAUCGAGAGAGAUCCAGACCGCCGUGCGUCUGCUGCUGCCCGGUGAACUGGCCAAACACGCCGUGUCUGAGGGCACAAAGGCUGUGACCAAAUACACCAGCUCAAAGUAAAGCGAUGUCUGAUCUGAUCAGCGAACUCAAAGGCUCUUUUAAGAGCCACCCAUGUUGUCUUUCAAAAGAGCCUUGAUCUUACACUGUUGUCAAAUAAAAGUGAAGGAACUGUUAUCCGUCAGUGUUUACUGCUGUUAAGCGUCAGUCAACACUCAGAUCAAUUUUCACUGUGAGUAGCAUGUAUUGUAUUAGCUUCAUUGAGAAAUCAUUAUUAGAAUGACUAUAUAGUUUUGAUUUUUUUUUUUUUUUUUUUUUAUGAUAGUUUUAUGAUUUUCUUUCUUAAGCCUAUAAAAAGUCAUGUUGAGUAAAAAGUAUGGUUCAUUAAAAACCCCUUGAUUAGUUGAAAUAUUCUUAAGUCAAGUCAAGUGACAGUCAGUUUUUCCAAGAUCAAAGUUCAGAGUAAAAAGAAAAAGUUAAAAUAAGCACAUGGUAAUUCCCCCCCCCCCAUUUCAUUAAUGCUGUAAUUUAUUGAUUAACAUCUGUAAGUACUGCAAAGUAUUUCAGUUCUUUGAGUGUUUGAGUCUCAGUCUUGUCAUAUUUAGAGUUAAAGUUCUGCUCUCUUAAACUGGCACAAUGAACCUGCUGUUCUUCACAUUUAAUAGUUUUAAUCUAUCAGAUAUUUGUGAUGUCUCUGCUCAGCUUUUACUGACAAUCAAGUUCAUGUUUGUGAGAAACAUCUGAAAUCUCAUCGCUCUGUCAGUAGAAAAAUUUUUUUCUAUUAAAUUAAUUUCUCAUUCAUAGGCCUGUUAUAAACUGCUGUCAAAGAGAUUUUUAUUUAAUAGUGUUAUUUGUUCCUGAGUGUCUUUAACGGGAAACUUUCAAUAGUUUACAGAGAAUUGUAAUGAUGAAAUGCUUUCAAAAUCUGUUUAAUAUCAAACAUAAAAAGUACUAACUUUAACAUUUAUACAGAACAUUUGAUACACAAUAAAACUGCUGUAAGAUUAAUUUUCAGGUAGACUAUCUGCAGUCUCAAAGCAGCUAUCAGUCAUCAGUUGGAAACAGGCGCCUCAACCCCUUUGAUGGGAGAAUGAUCAAGCAGAUGUGUAAUACCAUAACAUUCUUGCAAUGUAUUAAAUGCUUACAAUUUUGCAUUUGAGACAAUUGAGAUGUUGUAACAGUAAUGCUAGGAAUGUUGGGAAUUGUUUGGGCAACCCAGUCUCCUGCUACUGCGUAUCUAUACUACGAGUUUGCAUUUUCAUUCGGCGUAGUAUUUACACGCCAAAGUCACAUUUGGCGUAUAUAUGGUACGCAAAACCCUCCCGUUAAACUUCCAUUGAUAGAAAAUGCGUAUGUAUUGCACGCAGAAAUUUAUUAUAGUCAACGUCAUCAUCAUCGUCCCGCCCCUUCAAUCGAACGAAGAUUCACGAUUUCAUCUCGUGCAGGAACCACCCACUCCCGCUUGGAAACCAAUCAAAUGUUUGAACAUUUUUUAGCGCCAUCAUCAAUGUCCCGCCUCCUCAUCGUGCGACCUCGUGCAUCAUCAUCAAAGUCGUCAAUCAUCAGAAUACCCAAAAUGUCCACAGGCUCUUUAGAAGCAGCACUUGUUCUUGGAGAUGUGUUUCUUGAUCAGAUACAG